GCAGGCGUCCUCUCGGCAGGGGCGCGCGCGGAACGGUCCCCAGGAUGGAAACGGAAUAUCUGAAGAAGUGCUUUGGAAAUUCCUUGUCCCAGGCACUGGCAGAAGUGGCAAAGGUUCGGCCCAGUGACCCAAUAGAGUACCUGGCUCACUGGCUUUACCAUUACAGGAAAAUAGCUCUAGCAAAUGAAAAGAAUAUGCGAGAACAGAUCCAGCUGAUGGAGGAAUAUGAGAACAGCCUCAAGGAAAAGGAAAUGGCAGCAAUGUUGAAACAAGAAGAGCUUCAGAUUCAACAGAAGUGUGAAGAGUGUCACAAGAAAGUGAUUUCCCCUGCUUUCAAUCAGGAACUAACAGAACCCUUUGAGGAGGAGGCCUUGGAGCAGGAACCCCUGCCCGGUACUGCCAGUAGAAUUCCAGCAAUGCCUCAACAAUUUCCUCCUUCAGAGCUAGCUGAGGAGAUUGAGCAGAACUUGGAAUCCCCAUAAGAUCAAAUCACCAGGAGGCUUUGCCCUGUGAAGUUGCUGAUUAAAAUGCCUUUUGGAGGCUGGGGUUGUGGCUCAAUGGUAGAGCAUUUGACUAGCACGAGUGAGGC